AGCAUUUGCGGAGUAAACAUGAUGGCGGCGAGGGGCAAUCAAACGUAGAUUUUACAAUCUUAUUUUAAAUUUAGAGAAAGAGUAAUGUCUUCCCGCGUUCUUUAGGAUGUCUGGUCGUCUAAAAUGACUGCUGCGAACCAAAAAAUAAUACUACGGUCAAGGCCAGAUUGUGUUCGACUUAACCCUGAUUUGACUGUGAAUUUAACCGACAAUCAAGAAAAUGACCAUCCCAUAUCUUCUCAUGCAGGUGAGAAUAAUGCACCAUCUGAAGACAACUUUGCAUUACGAGACUGUUCAUAUCCAGAACUAGAGGACGGUCAGAUAUUGGUAAAAACACUGUACUUGUCAGCUGAUCCUUACAUGGUUGACAGGAGACUAGUUGGCACUCAUUACUCUCUAAUGCUUGGUUUAUAUGGACCACCUGGAUUAGCCGCACUUAUUGGUAUUAGGGAGAAAGGUCAUCUCGUCCCGGAUGCAAAUCAGACGUUUGUUGUAAGCGCGGCCGCUGGUGCAUGUGGAUCGCUGGCUGGACAGUUUGAUAAUGUUGGUGGAACAAUUACAGAUGAGGUUAUCAAACAGAUGAACUCUAAUUCCCAUAUAAUACUAUGUGGAACAAUAGCAACCUAUAAUACUGAUCUUCCAUAUCCGCCACCGUUAUCCGAUGAUAUUCAAGACAUCGUCGAAGACCAGAAUAUUACAAGAGAUCGAUUCCUUGUCAUCAAUUAUAUUAGUAGGUUUCCUAAAAGCAUUAAGCAGCUUGCACAGUGGUAUAAGCAAGGAAAACUCAAGGUUCGUGAGACAAUUUCCGGCGGAAUUUCAAGUUCACCAAAAGCGUUCAUAUCCAUGAUGACUGGAGGCAACAUAGGAAAACAAGUUGUACAUAUCGCUUAUCUUUGA